CUAGCUAUCAAACCAUUAUCCCUGGCCAGCUAUCAAGCUAUUAUUAUACGCCUAGCUAAACCCUUCGACUUUACAAGCACCCCCGACGAGGCACGCACUCUAGUCUACCGCUACUACUUCGCCGCUAACCGCCUAGUUGACGGGGCUAUCGUUGUCGGCGGCAAGCGCACUUAG